CCAGUCCCAGGCUGGCUGGAGAGCAGCUAAGCGGGGGAGAACAGUCACACUCAGAGGGCUGCUAGGAGGAGGAAGGUCCACUCGACGGUUCAUGGUUUUCUUGGGAUUUAAACAACCUGACGUGUGCGGGUAUCCGAGGAAGAAUUUUAACAGGGGAAAAUGAAUAUUCUUUGGGCGUGGACGAUGUUGACGAUUGCGACUGUGGAGGUUGCUAUUCUGGCCGUGCAGUCGUCAAGCCGGCAAGAAUCUUUGGCAUGCACAAGGGGCUUUUCACAAGAUGAAUACUACGCUAAGACUGAGCCAGAGAUGGCAGAGGGGCAGGCUGUCUUCAACGUGACAUUCAGGAACUGCAAUGUUGGAAAUGUUCUACUGAAGGCUGGAGAUUCCUAUGCUUUCACUGUGAGUCAGGAAGGUGUAGUUUACACCCUACAACGGCUAAGCCUGGUGGGUAAGGAAAAGGCUCAGGUGAUGAUCUAUGCUCAAGACCUGCAGUCCAAUCAAAUUUGGCAGGCCAGAGUCCAUCUACAGAUUCACCAAAAUGGCAGCAACACAACACCAGAGCAGGUAAUGCCUGGUGAUGCAGCACUGACUCAGCAAGUUCCAGAAGUCCUGUUUCCAUGGCGUAACACAGUUGUCAGUGGUGAUGGCACUGUGAGACGGGUUAAGAGGGACUGGGUCAUUCCACCUAUCAAUGUUCCGGAGAACUCACGAGGGCCGUUCCCAGAGGUUCUAGUUACGAUUCGUUCGAAUAAGGACAAAAACUUGAAUCUGCGUUACAGUGUGACAGGUCCAGGGGCUGACCAGCCUCCAACUGGCAUCUUUAUUAUCAACCCAAUCUUAGGCCAGCUGUCUGUCAUCAAACCUUUGGACAGAGAACACAUCUCUAACUUCCAUUUACGAGCCCAUGCUUCGAAUACGACUGGCAGUGAAGUGGAAAACCCUUCUGACAUCGUCAUCAACGUCAUUGACCAGAAUGAUAACAGACCAGAGUUCAUGCACGCCAUCUUCAACGGUUCUGUUCCAGAGGGAUCCAAGCCCGGAUCCUAUGUAAUGACUGUGACAGCCGUGGACAAGGAUGACCCAAAAACGCCCAAUGGGAUGUUGCGAUACAAGAUACUUUCACAGAAUCCCCAAAGCCCAUCGUACAAUAUGUUUACCAUAAACAACAGAACUGGUGCCAUCAUCACUGUGGCUGCAGGCCUUGACCGGGAGAAAGUCCCUCAGUACACCCUAAUUAUCCAGGCUACUGACAUAGAAGGAAAUCCUACUUACGGCCUUUCCAACACUGCCACCACUGUCAUCAGGAUCACUGAUGUCAAUGACAACCCUCCUGAAUUCACCACAGACGCAUUCUUCGGUGAAGUUCAUGAGAACAGAGUGAAUGUAAUUGUUGCUAACCUCAGCGUGACAGACAAAGACCAGCCCCUUACGCCAGCCUGGAACACAAUGUACCGGAUCAUCUCUGGAGACCGCAAUGGGCACUUCUCCAUUCCCACUGAUCCCACCACGAAUGAGGGCUUGAUCACUGUGGUCAAGCCCAUAGAUUUUGAGUUGACCCGUUCAUUCAUGCUAAUUGUGGAGGCAGAAAAUGCAAUCCCACUGGCCCAAGGCAUCCAUCUCCCUCGUCAGUCCACAGCAACUGUGUCGGUGCGAAUCCUGGACAUCAACGAGAGUCCAAAGUUUGACCCCAACCCCAAAACUACUAAAGUGGAGGAAGGUUUGCCAGUGAGGUCUUUGCUGACAACUUUCACUGCCCAGGACCCUGACAGCUUCACGAGACAGAGUAUCCGAUACUCCAAGAUCUAUGACCCUGCCAACUGGCUGCUAAUUGACCCGGUAAAUGGAAGGAUCUCCACCAAUGCCAUCCUUGAUCGAGAGUCUCCCUUAGUCAAGAACAACCUCUACAAUGUUACCUUCAUGGCUUCUGAUAAUGGCAUCCCUCCUGCCAGUGGUACAGGAACCCUUCAGAUCUACCUGCAGGACAUAAAUGACAACGCACCUAAUGUGUUCCCUUCUGAAGUGGAAAUGUGUGAGAAGCCAGAUCAUAGGUCCUUAAACAUCACAGCUAAAGACCCCGACCUGAAUCCCAAUGCUGGACCCUUUGUGUUUGAGCUAGGAAAUCAUCCAUCAGAUGUACGCCGCAACUGGACCCUCAGUCGCCUGAAUGGCGAGUAUGCCCAACUUCGCCUGCGAAGCGGCUCUCUUGCCAUUGGCAUCUAUGAGCUUCCCAUCGUGAUCACAGACUCUGGCAACCUGCCCAUGUCUAACACAUCCUUCCUGAGGGUGAAGGUUUGUCAAUGUGAUCGCCAUGGAGACUGUGUGGACAUGGAGAAAAUGACUGCCGCUGGACUGAGCACUGGAGCUAUUAUCGGCAUCCUCAUCUGUAUCAUCAUAUUAUUAGUGCUGGUACUCCUUCUUGUGAUGUGGAUGAAGAGGAGGGAUAAAGAGCGUCAGGCCAAGCAACUUCUGAUUGACCCAGAGGACGAUGUCCGAGACAACAUCCUCAAAUAUGAUGAGGAGGGAGGUGGAGAAGAGGAUCAGGACUAUGACCUAAGCCAACUGCAACAGCCUGAUGCUCUGGACCCAGAGUGUGUCAGGGUGGGGAUCAGACGUCUGGAUGAGAGACCAAUCCAUCAUGAUCAUCAAUACCCCCUCCGCUCUGCUGCCCCUCAACCAGGAGAUAUAGGAGAUUUCAUCCAUGAGGGUCUGAAGGCUGCUGACCAUGACCCCACAGCUCCCCCCUAUGACUCUCUGCUAGUGUUUGACUAUGAGGGGAGCAGUUCCACUGCCGGAACUCUCAGCUCCCUGCAUUCCUCUUCAAGCUGUGGAGACCAGGAUUACGAUUAUCUCGGUGACUGGGGGCCACGUUUCCGCAAGCUGGCCGACCUGUACAGUGGAGGAGACGACUAGCGUCAUCAGCCCUCCAGUAAUGGACCCCACUCUACUGUAUUGCUGCAAGGUUUAGGUGGUGAGCGGGUCAAAACAGGAAAUAAGGGAUUACGUGGGUUUUGAAUCGGCACUUCUAUAUUUCCAUGGAAUGGCUUGUUUAUGAGACACGCUGCCUCUUGAGGGUAAUUGAUGACGGCAACAGACCAUUGGGACUGUUGGCCUAGCAAGGCCUCCCACUGAUAACCAUUCAAUGGACUGAAUCUGAGAGUUAGUUGUUGUGCUUAUAAAUGUGUGCUGUUAGAGCAAAGUGAAGAUUAAGAGCUACAACAGCCAUGCUACAGAUGCUCUUUUUCACUUUAAUCUUACAGUACAGCAACACUGGGGUCAAAUGUGCCUUUUUUGCAUUCUUUUGAGUGUGUCCACUCUUGUAUGUUCAUUUAAAGGUCCUUAACUACAGGGGUAUUUUGCCAUUAUAAGUGUAUAUGCGUAUAUUAAUUAUCCCCUUCAUUGUUUGUUGGUAUGUUUCUGUGUGUGUGUGUGUGUGUGUGCGUGUGUGUGUGUGUGUUUGUGUGUGAGUGAGUGAGUGAGUGAGUGAGUGAGUGAGUGAGUGAGUGUGUGAGUGAGUGAGUGAGUGAGUGAGUGAGUGAGUGAGUGAGUGAGUUUCAAAGAAACUGAAUUAUUUCCACGAAGAUAUACUGGAUAUGUUCUUUAAAAGAAAAAGUCUACUUGGGAUGCCUUGGAUGAUUCUACCAGCAAAACAUGGCUUUACUGUGUAGCUCUGUUCCCUAACAGCUCAAAACAAACACACGCAGCGUCAUUCAUGCCAACCAAAUGUUUAUUUUCUGUUUUUUAUGAGUACUCACACUUUUUAAAAGGAUCUUAUGUUUAGCAGUAUAUGAAAGGUACAAAACAUCAACAUAUGGUGGCAUCGUGUGAGUGAAAGUACUUGCAGCAAGUACAGCUUAAAUCAGAUAUUUAUUUACACUGUAUAAAAAAAAGACAAAACAUUUUUUUCUCUUUCUAUCUGACAUUAAAGCAGGCUAAACCAUUACCCAUUUAGGACACUUAGGAAUACUAAAAUUAUUUCUGUUUGCUAAAUUUCAGAAUAAUGAGUGGAUAUUUUUUUUUAUUAAUACACAAUCUUACAUAAAUUUCCUAAGUAUUUGGUAAAAUUGCUUUAUUUUGGGUAUUCUACCACAAGUGUCCACCCCCCCACCUUGGGUGGAGAUUACCAUGCACCUGGAAAUUGUACACAAGGAUGAACCAGACUUGAGGAUCUUCACAGGUCUCUUCCUGAAUGAAGCAGCAUGUUUGAGGUGUUGCCUCAAAAACAGCUACAAGUAUGCCUCCGUUUAAUUCAGAUGUUGUUAAUUCGCUUAUCGGAGCCACGUCAACAUCAUCUUUCUUCCAAAUAGUAAUCUAAGGCUUGGGACACACUUUGAUUGUUUUGCCCGAAUUUACCCCCGAUUCCCAACCUGCAUCAAUCUGUAGUAGUGGUGGUGAGUCAGCUGGAUGUGUGGGCCUAAAAAUCUCUUAGUGUAAAUGGGUCUAAGACUGGAGUUUGUGUGUGAGGGAAACCUACCCGACCUCAGUUGGUGUCAAAGAAACAUGUUUGGGUUUUUUGAGUUGAACGUGGACGCAGUCAGGUAGUGUGAACUAUAUACCAAUCCAACUCCAAAUGCAUGUUGCCAACAGCCAGUGAAAAAGAGAGGCUUGAACACGACAUGAACCUUUUUCUUGAGAACUUUAUUUGUAUUUAUAUACAAGUAUAAACAUAAAUACAUAACAGCUGUCAGCAUCAUACAAACUAUUCAACCAACUUAUUACACUCACAUCGUGAUAAAAAAUUUAAAACAAUUCAGAUAUUGAAUAUGCUUUUAAAUAAAGAAGAACAAAGAUUUUAGUCAUAAAUUCAAAACUGUUAUUCCCACAAUCUAGUCAAACAUCAUUGUUGUCUGUUAAAAUACAUAUAACAAGUUAAAAAUAAAGCCAACAUUAAAAGUCAUUCCAAAACUGUGUCACAAACUGAAAUGAAAAAAAUAAAUAUUCUGAACUCUCAAAAUUAGUAUUGCAAAAAACAGUCAACAAUUUCCGAAUUAAAUUUCCAUUUGAUAAAUUUACCUGUGGGAUAAACCUAAAGUGUUUUAUAUUUCAUUGCCAAAUGGAUUGGGACAGAAUACAGUCUGUCCAAAUUCUGAGAGUUCUUUUUUUAAGGCAACCUACUGGUAUGUUUGUUUAUUGUGUCAAACGUUUAGCCCUGUGAACGUUGGCUUGAUAAAUCCUGUAGUCUGUCGAACCUCAGAAGGCCCAGUUAAGUGUGUGAAUCUGCUGAACUCAGGUAGUAUGAACUCCGAGUCUUUUCAAAAUCUAUAAAGACGAUGAAAGCUGUGAAGUGUGUUCCCGGCUUUAGUGAACUUCAGUCUUUGAAGUACUAAAAAAAAACUAAAACAUUCUCUCUCUCCUUAUUCCAGCAUUUAGCAAGUAGAGAUAAUUUUUGAUUAUCCUAACAAGUUUAGAUUUAAGAUCUGAUUUAAGAAAUGUCUUUUUAUGCAGUGUAUUUAAAAAGCUGUAUGUUUAAUCUCAUAUACUAAAAAUCUAGAUCAGAAGGAAGUCUAACAUCAAUAGCACAUAAUCAAACUGGUGGGUAAAAAGUGAUAUUCACAAUGCAAUAAAAAAUAUUUUUUUAAUUUUAAAGGAGUAUUGUAUAAACUACACAGGUGGCAGGAUUGUGAUUGCAGCAGUUCAGUAAAAACCAAUCUCAUUUACGAUUCUUCUGUCUUUGAAGAUUGUCCAUCCCAUGAAUUGAAUAAUACGGCUGCCCCUUCUGGGUUUCAGCACCAUUUUAUUGUCCGGGAUAAUAGGUUCCAAGCUGUCUAUGAAUCACUUUCUGUAUCUAAGAUUUGGACAAACAGAAAAUGGUAUUGGUGCAGCAGGAAUUUAAAAUGGGUAUAAGGCUAGCUUAUUACUGGGAUGAAGAAGAAAAUUAAGGAAAAUGACUUUUUAAUCAAGAAUAAAAAAAUAAAUACAGGAGAAAACUUUGGUGUUAAAUUGAAUCCACUAACAGAAGUAAAAAAUAUAUUAAAGAUGUUUUUAAAGCAGAAAAGCAGUAACUUAAAUCAUAACAUCCAAUGAGAUGAAAUUGUCCUGCUAAGCCAGAGCCUUCUAUACCUUUUGUGUAAGAAACAUUAAGAGCCAAAGCUGUGUACCACAGUGGCUUUUUUGCCAGUUUGAUUUUCCAAAUCUAAUGAGGAACACUUGCUCAGUAAUGCUAAACAUUAGAAAGAUACUUUGUAUGUUUUGUCUUGCUUUAAUCACAGUGUAACCUAUACAUCUGAUGACCCAUAAAGGAUGUCGUGUCGUCAGUUCCAGGUUUUACAGGUGAUAUUCAGCUGUGGUGGAUUACACACAAAAAUGUCACUGUUCCUUCUGUCUGGAGAUGAUUUGCCUUAGUUUCUGAUAAUCUCCAACUGGUGACUUGACUGUAAGAUGAAAUCUGUACAAAUUGUAUUUUUUCCUCUUGUUGUCCCUUGGCUGUGAUCUCUUAAAAUGACAUGCUUAUAUCCUGAAUCCUUGUAUAUGUUUAAAUUGGGUCACAAAUUAAAAUGUUUUUGCAUGUUUUUUAUCUUUCCGUGCUAUUAAUACAAAUUGUUUCUUAUAUUAAAAACAUAAAUAGAACAAUGAUUUAAAAGGGAUUAGUAAAAAAAAAAAAAAUCACCACUGUUGGCCCUUUGGGAAAUUGUUGGAAUUUUACUAUCCCAUUCAGCCAAGACAGAGAACCCAUGUCUUUAAUUGUAAAGUUGUGUGUAAUUCAGCGAUUAGUGGGAAUUGUAACAGUGGUCGGAGGAGCAGCAGAUGUGGAUUUGUGUAUUCAAAAUUCAAAGAUUUUAAAGUCAGAUGAACAUCAGUAGUCAUCAGUAGGCAUUUUACAAUGAACAAUAAAGCAUUUUCUUACAUGAUCA